AUGGAGCAGUACUUCUCAGCCACGCAGAAGAUGGAGCAGGAGGUGAUGUUCCCCAGCCUGCUGCGAGGGGUCUUCCCGCAGGAGGAGGGGGCAGCCCCGGCUGCCGAGAGCCGCACGGACCUGUACGAGCGCUACCAGCUCCUCAAGGCCAUCAAGCCCAUGGUGGAGAAAGGCCUGGCCUCUGUGGGUGACCAGAGCCCCAGCGGUGCCGACACCGACGGCGACACAUCCUUGGACAGCAACGGGGCCGAGGAUGCCCAGCUCGAGGAGCGCCUGUCCCAGCACCUGACUGGCCUGCAGCAGGUCCUCACCCACCUCACCAGGGACACCAACGCCCUGACCCGCAGGUACAGCCAGAUCCUGGAGCAGAUCAACCUCAGCGAGGGGCAGCCCAGCUGGUGA